GGAAGCGAACCGUUUAGACUUCUACAUCGGUCUCUCUCUAGCUGUGAGCUCCAGUUUGUUUAUUGGAGGAAGUUUCAUCCUGAAAAAGAAAGGACUGCUGCGAUUGGCCAGCAAGGGUUCGACGCGAGCAGAAGAGCAUCUCUGAACGCACAACACGUUGAACCUUGAGGCAGAUGGUCUACAGCAGCAGAAGACCACACCAGGUGCCACUCCUGUCAGCUAAGAACUGGAAACGCAGGCUACAAUUCACACAAGCUCACCAAAAUUGGACAAUAGAGGAUUGGAAAAAUGUUGCCUGGUCUGAUGAGUCUCAAUAUCUGCUGCAACAUUCAGAUGGUAUAAAUGGUUCAGGCUGGUGGUGGUGGUGUAAUGAUGUGGAGGACAUUUUCUUGGUACACUUUGGGCCCCUUAGUACUAAUUGAUCAUCGUUGCAAUGUCACAGCCUACCCGAGUAUUGUUGCUGACCAUGUCAUCCCUUUCUGACCACAGUGUACCCAUUAUCUGACGGCUAUUUCCAGCAGGAUAAUGCGCUGUGUCAUAAAGCUCGAAUCAUCUCAGACUGGUUUAUUGAACAUGACAAUGAGUUCACUAAACCCAAAUGGCCUCCACAGUCACCAGAUCUCAAUCCAAUAGAGCACCUUUGGGAUGUGGUGGAAAGGGAAAUUCGCAUCAUGGAUGUGCAGCCGACAAAUCUGCAGCAACUGUGUGAUGCUAUCAUGUCAACAUGGACCAAAAUCUCUAAGGAAUGUUUCCAGUACCUUGCUGAAUCAAUGCCACGAAGGAUUAAGGCAGUUCUGAAGUCAAAAAUGGGUCCAACCCGGUACUAGCGAGGUGUACCCAAUAAAGUGGCCAGUCAAGGAGGAUAUGCUUAUCUGAAAGAGUGGCUGUGGUGGGGAGGACUUAUUUCAAUGGGAGCUGGAGAGGCUGCAAACUUCGCUGCAUAUGCAUUUGCACCAGCUACACUGGUUACCCCCCUCGGAGCACUGAGUGUACUUGUCAGUGCUGUGCUCUCCUCUUAUUUUCUGAACGAGCGGUUGAAUGUUCACGGGAAGAUUGGUUGUCUGCUCUGCAUCUUGGGCUCCACUGUCAUGGUGAUCCAUGCGCCGCAGGAGGAGGAGGUUUCCUCACUCAGCGCCAUGGCUGAGAAGCUCAAAGACCCAGGUUUCAUUGUCUUUGCCGUGUGCGUGGUGGGAAGCAGCCUGAUUCUAAUCUUGGCUGUGGCUCCGAGGUUUGGACAGAAGAAUGUGCUGGUCUACAUCCUGAUCUGCUCUGUGAUCGGCUCCCUCUCUGUGUCUUGUGUCAAGGGCCUGGGCAUUGGCAUUAAACAGCUGAUUGCUGGGACAGCGGUGCUGAAGGAACCUCUGUUCUGGUCCAUGGUCAUCUGCCUGAUAGUGUGCAUCAGCGUUCAGAUCAGUUACCUGAACAAAGCUCUCGACAUAUUCAACACCUCCAUCGUCACACCCAUCUACUACGUCUUCUUCACCACGUCCGUCAUGGCCUGUUCAGCCAUCCUAUUCAAGGAAUGGCUGAGUAUGACCACUGAUGGCAUAGUGGGAACCAUUAGUGGGUUCCUCACCAUCAUUUUGGGAAUAUUCCUCCUUCAUGCUUUCAAAGACAUUACAUUCAGCUGGGAUUCACUUCCUCUCUAUCUGAAAAAGAGCCCUCAAAGCUUCCUUUGGGGCCAACAGCCUUAUGUGGCUCUACCAAGCCAUGAUAUAGAAACAAAGGAUGAGACAAUGAUGCCCAGAGAAGAUGGCUCUAAAGGAGAAUGGGGACUGCACCAGAGAGCUCCUUAAGGGGGCAAAGACCCCUGAAGGGACAUGCAGCUUUGAAGUUAAAUAGCUGGCGUAAUCUGAACUUUACAACCAUCUUAUUCAAUGCACUGGAUGAGCAGUUACCUAAAGUUGAACUUAUCUAUGCUCUUGAUACUUGGUUUCAUCUUAAUUAUAGCAUCUUUUUAUGUGGUUUACUAAUAAAAACACAAAACAGAAACGUAGAGAAUAAUAGUAUUGAAGUCACUGUUAUGGGUUGUUGCACUGUUGUGUAGAUAUUUCAGUUUUGAAUCCCAAUGAAUCUAUAUAGCUAGGUUUUAGUUAAGUUUGCACUUUGUAUUCUUAAACAAAUGUAUAAAUGAAAUAGCAACUAAUGUUAAGGUGAUCUGCUCAGAACAAUUAAUUUGAGUUAUUUAUUACCUCAGUACCAUACACACUUGACACCAAAGAAUGUAAUGCCCCUGUUUAAUUACCAAAAUGUGCCAAGCAGUAAUUAUGUAACUACUUUUUGGUUUUUAUAUUGCUAAUUAAAAGAGAACAAGAGUACUUAAAUACAUUUUCUAACAAGA